AUGGCAAAAGUUCCCCUGAAUUCAACUAGUGGUGAAGCGCUUUUUAAAAGCAGGGAGGAAAUACUCGAGCGAUGGGCGGAGCAUUUCAACACCCUACUUAACGUGGAUCAUUUUGUUAACCUAGACCAUGUUCGCUGCCUACCUCAGCAACCUUUCGCCCUCGAGCUCGAUGAGCCAGUCUCGCCUGACGAGGUUGCUCUUGCUAUUAAGUAA